UUUUUCCGCUGCAUUCACUCUCGACUUGAUAGUGUUUGUCGCAUCUUUGAUUGAGAGAGUUUUCUUUUCUUCCUUUCUCGAAUACCAGAGAAUAGAACGAUGUCUUUAGUUGAAAACCCUGCUAUUGAUCUUCUAUUACCGAAACCCAAAAUGCGGAAGAUCGAUCCGGCUGCGAUGGAACAGUCUCAAGAAGACCCAUCGUCCGAUCUUCUCAACAAAGCGAUUCAACAACUCAUGAUCCGCGAAGCUUUAGCGAUUACGAAACGCGUUAACUCGCAGACCUCGUGGCUCGAGCACAAAAAGCUUAACCUAGUCCUUGACUUGGACCACACUCUUGUCCACACCAUUAGAACUCAACAGCUUUCCGAAUCCGACAAGUAUCUAGCAGACGAAGCUGACUCAAGGAACGAUCUUUGGAGAUUUCACAGUGGUGGGUCCACCAGUGAUAUAUUGAUAAAACUAAGACCUUUCCUUCACCAGUUUUUGAAAGAAGCCAGCGAGAUGUUCUCUAUGUCUGUUUACACAAAGGGCGGUUGCGAUUACGCUAGGCUCGUGCUGGACCUAAUCGAUCCGGACAAGACUUAUUUCGGGGAUCGAGUUAUAAGCAGAAGAGAGAGUCCUGGCGUGAACAAGACCCUUGAUCUUGUGUUGGCCGAUGAGCGUGGGAUUGUCAUUGUGGAUGAUACUCUCAGUGUUUGGCCUCAUCACAAGAAGAACUUGGUGCAGAUAGCAAGGUACGAGUAUUUCAGCGAGUCAUCUUUAGAAUGUGAUGAGAAGAAGAAGAUGAGAGAUGAGAGUGAGGAGAAAGGGGCAUUGGCAAAAGUGUUGAGAUUCCUCAAAGAAGUUCACCGAGGAUUCUUCUGGGACAUGUCUGAAGAAGAGAUUGAUUCAAUGGAUGUGAGGCCUUUGCUACAAGAUCCCUCCUCCAUUACUGUAGAGAGAAAACGGAAAAUCCCAGCUGACUCUGUUUUUAAUGGGGAAAAUCGCAAAAAAAACCUUGAGAGUAGUACCUACUGACACUUUAAACCUUGAAGUUUUUCGACUAGCACUUUAAACUUUCAAAGUGGCAUUGGUGUUAUAAAAAACCUUUAACUUGGCUUACUUUUCCAUCAAGUAAAAAACUGACCUGCUAUACAUGUAAAAAUGAUGAUGUGUAGGUUUUUUUCGAAAAUAAUAACUCUUUAAUUAAUAAAAUCAAUAAAAAUUAAUUAAAAAAUCAGAUAACUAAAUAAAAAAUCGAGAAAAUUAAAUAAAAAU